UAAAGCACAUGGCAAGAAAUUCCAAAUUAUGAAAAUUCACCCACUUUAUUCCAUCUUUCUCCAGCUCUUUAUUUACCCCAUCAACUCUUCCUCUUUCUGCCAUUGCUAGUUCAUUGCAGCUCUUUGUGCUCAAGCAAGAUGAUUGCAAAGCCACUUCUCUUUCUUAGCUAUGUUUGUUAUCUUCUCUUCUUCAGCCAUUACUGUUAUCCCCAGAAAACUUGCCCAAGCUGUGGCUCCAUAGAAGUUCCAUAUCCUCUGAGCACACACCCUAAUUGUGGUGACCCAAACUAUCACCUUCGUUGUGAUCCCAAUUCUCAGAAACUUUAUUUUGACGCCAUGAAUGGAAGUUCUUACCUUGUACUCAGAAUCAUGGCCUCGUUUCAGCGGAUGAUUGUGCAGCCAUCACCAUGGGUGUCAGGCUCAUGUGUUACUCAAGACAUGUUGGUGAGUGAGGGGCUUCGGUUGAACCAGACACUCCCUUUUAAUGUCACUUCAUCAAACACAAUCUUCCUCUUCAACUGUUCACCUCGGCUCUUUGUCUCUCCUCUCAAUUGCACUCCUUCGAGUCUUUGUCAUAGUUACUUAGAAAGCUCUGGACAUGUUGAGAAAAAUCGAUCUCUUCAGUGUGCCAGCAGUGUCAACCCUUGCUGCACCUUCAUCGCCGGUGGAAUUCCGUCAGCUUACAAGAUAAGGCUUCAUAGUUCAGGCUGUAAAGCGUUCAGAAGUAUCCUUAAUUUGGAUCCUGAAAGGCCUGCAAGUCAAUGGGAAGAGGGACUUGAAAUUCAAUGGGCUUCUCCCGCUGAACCAAUUUGUAAAACGCAGCUCGAUUGCUCUGGAGCUUCUAGGUGUUUAUCUUCUGGUACAAACAGCCUCUUUCGUUGUCUCUGCAAUAGGGGCUAUCACUGGGAUCAUGAUCAUGGUAGCUGCCAAAAAAUGAGAAGCAGCAGGAAGGCGAGCCUCAGUUUAAAAGUCUCAAUAGGAGUAGUCUCCUUUUUUUCGGUAGCUGCAGUGAUGGGUGUAAUCUUUUUACGCAAGUCCCCACGUUUUGCUCAAGCAAAGCUCGCAAAAGAGAGAGAAGACAUGUUGAAAUCAAGCAAUGGUGGGCAAACUGCAAGGAUGUUUCAGCUGAAAGACAUAAAGAAAGCAACAAACAGUUUUUCUAAAGACAGGAUUUUGGGAAGUGGAGGCUUCGGAGAAGUCUACAAAGGUGAGCUUCAAGAUGGAACUGUGGUGGCUAUUAAGUUAGCUAAAGUUGGCAAUGUCAAAAGCACCCAACAAGUACUCAACGAAGUUGGAAUACUCUCUCAAGUCAAUCACAAGAACUUGGUUAGACUCUUGGGCUGUUGCGUAGAAGGUGAGCAGCCCUUGAUGGUCUAUGAGUACAUCUCCAAUGGCGCUCUCCAUGAUCUUUUGCAUGGAAACUCUUCUACCUUUCUGAAUUGGAGAACAAGGCUGAGAAUCGCUCUGCAAACUGCUGAAGGAUUAGCUUAUUUGCAUUCUGGAGUAUGCACACCCAUUUACCACAGAGAUGUCAAGUCAACAAAUAUACUACUAGAUGAUGAGUUCAACGCUAAAGUUUCAGAUUUUGGGCUCUCCAGACUGGCUCGUCCAGGGCUAAGCCAUGUGUCAACUUGUGCUCAAGGAACACUAGGGUACCUGGAUCCUGAAUAUUACCGUAAUUACCAACUAAAUGAUAAAAGUGAUGUUUAUAGUUAUGGGGUUGUGUUGCUUGAGCUUUUAACUUCACAAAAAGCCAUUGAUUUCUCCAGAGAUCAAGAUAAUGUGAAUUUAGCCAUUUAUGUUAGCCAACAAGCAAAAAAUGGUGCAAUCAUGGAAGUCACCGAUCACCGGCUGCUUGGGGAACAUCCAUCGGAGAAUAUACUAACAAGCAUUAAACUCUUCUCGGAGCUUGCCUUUGCUUGUCUGUGCGAGAGGAAGGCAGAUAGGCCCUGCAUGAAAGAAGUGGUUCAGCAACUUGAAUGCAUAGUUGAAAUAGUAAAUCAAGAGAAAGGUCUUGAAGAUGCUCUUUAGAAAGAGUAAUUGACUGUUGUGGAUGUUUAUGGUCUUUGAAUAUUCAAGUAGCUAAAGGUGGUAGAAAUAAUUGGCCUGUAGAGCUAUAAAAGUGAUUCCAAGGACAGAUUUUUCGUGUGAUGGAUGGAAAGACAUGGAGAAAAAAAGAGGCAUCAGAUGCUUAAUUUGUACAGAAAGUAAUUGGAAUCUGUUGGAAUGUAUAAGAAUAAAUAGCUGUGAAGAAAAAGCAAUUCGUCUUUUCUAAAACAGGAAAAGCAAUUCCGUAUAGAAGUAUUGAAUUUUAUUUAGA